CGGGCAACCAAGGCACUCGGAGGUCCGUGACUUCUCUCCACCGGCCUCUCUGAAGGAGGGCGGGCGGAUGGGUUUAAUUAAAUCCGCAUGGUUGGUUUCCAUCCAGAUGGGGAUGGUGGAAUGAUCUUAAGUCCGGAGACAAGCGGCUCCCCUCCCCUCAUGCAAGCAAUCCGAGAGAGCCGCGACUUCCCGAGGAAACAACACGCAAAGACAACGACGAAGUCAAGAACCCACACACCAGGAAACCCCGCCAACACCACCAAAAUGCCGAUCCGCCGCCCCGUCCCCGUCAAGCUUUACAAGAAGGACGCGGCCGAAACGCUGCGCAUCGGCCCGCUGACGAUCCGCGUGUACGAGGACGGCUCGCUGACCGAGAACCGGGUCAGCGGCGUGCUGCUCGAGGUGCCCGCCGGCCAGAGCGGGCCGCCGAUGCACUGGCACCGCUUCCACGACGAGCUGUUUUUCGUGACCAAAGGUACUUCUUUUUUAUUUCUCUGGCGGCACCCCUCACACUACUGAAGCAAAGAGGGUUUAAACGUCCCAUAUGGGCGUAUGGGCGGCGCGUUGUGGUUGUUUGCUCACGGCGGCGGUGGCGUAAAU